AUGGCUGGAAAAACCUCUCUCUUGUCCUGCGACGAGGACACCUUCACAAUGAGGUUAGAUGAGCCUGCGAUGGUCAUGGAUAAAACUCUUUCACAAGCCGAAAUGGUAGGCAUCAUUCAGGAACAGGCCUCAGAACUAGGGACGCUGAAGGCUGAAGUUAACGCUCUCGGUGACCAGGUCGCCAAACUCAACGCCCUCAUGUUGAAAUCCCCAGUUCACUUGGCGGCAGACCAAGCGAUUAAAGCAUCCGAGCAGCAAAUACCAGAUACAGCAAGAGUGUUACAGGCAGACGCGGCUGCUUAG